AUGAUGGAGGAGGAAGAAUUUGAAUUUGCUGAGGAUUUGGAGGCUAUUUUGCAUCUGACCCCAGAGGUGCAGCUAGCCAUUGAACAGGUUUUCCCCAGCCAGGACCCGCUGGACAGAGCAGACUUCAAUGCUGUGGAGUACAUCAACACACUGUUCCCCACAGAGCAGUCUUUGGCUAACAUUGACGAUGUGGUAAACAAGAUCCGUCUGAAGAUCCGGCGCCUGGAUGACAAUAUCAGGAUGGUGGUCAGAGGCCAGACCAACGUGGGCCAGGAUGGCAGACAGGCUUUGGAAGAGGCCCAGAUCGCCAUCCAGCAGCUCUUUGGCAAAAUCAAAGACAUUAAGGACAAGGCGGAGAAGUCUGAACAAAUGGUCAAGGAGAUUACAAGAGACAUAAAGCAGCUGGACCAUGCCAAGCGCCACCUAACAACAUCCAUCACCACCCUCAACCACCUGCACAUGUUGGCCGGGGGUGUUGACUCUUUAGAAGCCAUGACCAGAAAAAGGCAGUACGGUGAGGUUGCUAACCUUCUGCAGGGAGUGGUCAACGUGCUGGAGCAUUUCCACAAGUACAUGGGCAUACCCCAGAUCAGACAACUCUCUGAGAGAGUAAAGGCAGCACAGAGCGAGUUGGGGACUCAGAUCCUUGCAGAUUUUGAAGAAUCCUUUCCCUCUCAAGGUUCCAAGAGACCAGGUGGUCCUAGCAAUGUGUUGAGAGAUGCCUGCCAGGUGGCCAACGUGCUGGAUCCACGCAUCAAACAGGAGAUCAUCAAAAAGUUCAUCAGACAGCACCUAUCAGAGUACCUGGUGUUAUUCCAGGAAAACCAAGAUGUUGCAUGGCUAGACAAGAUCGAUCGGCGCUAUGCCUGGAUCAAACGGCAGCUGGUGGACUAUGAGGAGAAGUAUGGACGCAUGUUUCCUGAGGAGUGGUGCAUGACGGAGCGUAUUGCUGUGGAGUUCUGCCACAUCACCAGGGUGGAGCUCGCCAAAGUCAUGCGUACACGGGCUAAGGAGAUUGAAGUGAAGCUGCUUCUGUUUGCUAUUCAGAGGACCACAAACUUCGAGGGACUUCUGGCCAAACGCUUCACAGGAUGCACCUUGACCGACACACCCGGACAGAAGAGGCCAGAGAGCCCUCUGGACCCAACUAACCCCUUCCUGGAGGAUGAGGCAGGUGAGGAUGUGGGCACAGAUAAGGACGAGGACCUGGCUAAGCCCAGGAAGCCAAAAGCUCCGGACAACCCUUUCCACGGCAUUGUCUCCAAGUGCUUUGAGCCUCAUCUAUACGUCUACAUAGAAUCCCAAGACAAGAACCUGGGUGAACUGAUUGACCGGUUUGUGGCUGACUUUCGAGCUCAAGGCCCACCCAAGGCGGGUACUGAGGAGGGCGGAGCAGUGCUGCCCAGCUGUGCUGACCUCUUUGUCUAUUACAAGAAGUGCAUGGUGCAGUGUUCCCAACUGAGCACCGGAGAACCGAUGAUCGCCCUCACAACCAUCUUCCAGAAAUUCCUGAGAGAGUACGCUUGGAAGAUCCUCUCUGGCAACCUGCCCAAAUCCACCAGUAACAGCGGAGGUCUCACCAUCACCAGUCUGCUGAAGGAGAAAGAAGGCUCAGAAACUGCAAAGUUCACCAUGGACGAGCUCUGCCUGAUCUGUAGCAUCCUUAGCACCGCAGAGUACUGCUUGGCUACCACACAACAGUUGGAAGAGAAACUGAAGGAAAAGGUGGAUAAAAUCCUAGUAGAGAGAAUAAACUUGACUGGGGAGAUGGAUACAUUCAGCACUGUGAUCUCGAACAGUAUCCAGCUACUUGUCCAAGAUCUGGAUGCAGCCUGUGACCCUGCUCUCACUGCUAUGAGCAAGAUGCCGUGGCAGAGUGUGGAGCAUGUGGGUGACCAGAGUCCUUAUGUGACAUCAAUCAUCAUGCACAUAAAGCAGAAUGUGCCAAUCAUCAGAGACAAUCUGGCCUCCACGCGAAAAUACUUUACACAAUUCUGCAUCAAGUUCACAAAUUCUUUCAUUCCCAAAUUUAUCAACCACCUGUUCAGAUGUAAGCCUAUCAGCAUGGUGGGAGCUGAACAACUCCUCCUCGACACUCACUCCUUGAAGACAGUCUUGUUGGAUCUGCCCUCCAUAGGCUCCCAGGUGCUCCGCAAGGCACCUGCCAGCUACACCAAGAUAGUGGUGAAAGGCAUGACCCGUGCAGAGAUGAUUCUUAAGGUGGUGAUGGCCCCACAUGAACCACCAGUGGUGUUUGUUGACAACUACAUCAAGCUCCUGGCUGAUGGAAAUCCUGAGACCUUCCAGAAGAUUCUGGACAUGAAGGGCCUGAAGCGCAGCGAACAGAGCAGCAUGCUGGAGCUUUUCAGACAGAGGCUACCCACUCCACCCUCCGGGGCCGACGGCGGCCCCUCUCUCUUCAGCACCCCCACCCCCGAGCAGGAAUCCUCCCGCAUCCGCAAACUAGAGAAGCUCAUCAAGAAGAGACUCUGAACAAACACACACUAAAAUCUUGAAAAUUAACAAAGCUGCUGGCCGGGGCGGGCGUCACAUCUCUCGCAGUAAUUCUCAAAGACUUCAUUUUGCUCCGUUCAGUUAUCAUGGAUAAGAAAGAGCAAAACGUAGACUGAAUUUUCUGACUGACAGUGAUGUGAACACAAGAUGACGCUGGAUAAUGAAGAAACUUCCUCAAAUGCUACUUGCUGUUGUUACAUGUUUCAUUUACCUCUGUAAUUUCCCACCUUCCUUUUUUUAUGACACCAACGUCUACGCUUUGUAACAUUAGUAUUGCACAGUGUAUAUGCACUCAAAAACAACUGUAGCACUGUUAACUAAACUCUGCUCAGAGCGCCUCUGGCUGCCUCUCUGGGACACGUCUAAUCAACAAUGACUACACGCAGCCUGAUCUUAAUUAACCUGUUUUAAUUUCAAGUGUGGGUUGAAAUCUGUUUAAAGUGGACAUGCGUCAUAAGAAUGAGGACUGUUUUUGUGAAUGGCGGCCUAAAAUUUAUUACUGUCCUCCCAAUUUAAAGUCUGGGACAAAGAGAAUCUUUGGAUUUCCUGCAUGUCCUGUCAGACAUGAGGCCAUCUUUGUCUUGGCAUUUAAAAUCCCUCUAGGUCGACUUGGAAAUUAGAACCAGCUAAGUGAAGUCUUUUAACUUGGGCCAUUGCCUGGGGUGUAUACUGUAUACAUCGACAUACCAGUCAGUACACAUGUGUGCGGUCAGUCUUAUUUGUUUAACUGUCCAACAAUUUUCCCUGGUAAUUUAAUCCCCUGUCAUAUUUGCAUUGACAUGAAACAUGGGUUUGUUUUAGUGCAUCCAUCCCUCCAUAUCCACAACAGAACAGAACGGGCCUCUUUAUAGACAGUCUAUGGUCUCAAUACUUUGCUCUACUACUCUGAAGCUGCAUGUGUGUACAUCACAGUCUCUGGAGGAAAAUCAGUCAUUUGAAGUCACUGGUUUGAUGGCAGUGCCUCUCUGUUGUAGUAAAUCAAGUAACUGUAGCUGCGUAAGUGUACACAUUCCUGCCUUCAGGUACAAAAUGUUGCUUGUUUGUAUUGUCUGAAUUGUGUGCUACACAUGCAGCUGUUGAACACUAUUAAAAACAUUGCCACCACUUU